CCCUGAGUAAUCGUUGUUAGACGUUACGCUUCAUCAUGGCAAUCAAGUCUCUCUUGGCCUUGGCCUCCUUCAUCUUCUGUCAGACAGUUCUUUGUCAGACGUCUUCCAAUGAUCCUGAAACAAUUCUUGGACCAAUUUCUCCAAUUUCCCUUGAAAGUGGCCGGUACAUUGUCAAGUUUUCACCAUCUGGUUCGGCAAGAUUCAGAAAGCGUGAUGGAGGUCUUGAUACUGCCGGCUUCUUUAGCACCCUCCAGGACGCCGGGAAGGAUGCUUCGCCAGCAGUAAGCUUCGAUUCAGAGCUCUUCCAUGGAGCUUCCUUCGAUCUGAAGAACGAUACCUCUGAAACGGUGGCCGACAUUGAAGCUCUGCCAGAAGUUGAGAAGAUAUGGUCUGCUGCCCUUUUCUCACUUCCCAUCACCACAGAAGCUGUUGUGCAGACCGAGUUCCCUACGUGGAACCCUCACAACGACACCAACGUCGCUCUUGCGCAUGCCAACGGCCAUUUGGGCGAAGGUGUGGUGGUUGCUAUUGUUGACUCUGGCAUUGAUUACAAUCACCCCGCCCUUGGUGGCGGCUUCGGCUCCGGUUUCAAGGUCGAGAGUGGUUACGAUUUUGUCGGCGACAACUAUGAACCUGGGGAUGUCUACCUUCCCGAUGAAGAUCCCAUCGACUGCAAUGGUCAUGGUACGCACGUUGCUGGCAUCAUCGCCAGCAGUAAUGAGUUCGUGCCUGGUGUUGCACCGUCGGCUCGUCUCCGUGCCUACAAGGUCUUUGGGUGUGGAGGCAGCACUUACGAGGAUGUGAUUGUCGCUGGCUUCCUCCGAGCUCACGAAGAGGGUGCAGAUAUUGUCAGUGCCUCGCUUGGUUCCAACAGAGGCUUCGUUGAUACCCCUCUCGCAGUGGUGGCAACAGCCAUCCAAGCUGCCGGCACCUUUGUCUCCAUCGCCGCUGGAAACGCCGGCGAAAGCAAUGGCCCUUGGUAUACUAGCAGCGGAGGCAAUGGCAUCGGGAGCACUGCGGUCGGAAGUGUAGAGCAUGAUGAGCUCGUUGCAUGGACGGCAACAGCACGCUCAAGCAGUGGCGAAACUCGUGAUUUUGUCUACCUUGCGGACAACGGAGUGCAAUGGUCACUCAACGGAACGGCCUCAGCUUCAUGGGCCCCCGAUCCUCGGGACCACGUUGACCAGUGUGGUAUCGACUUCACUAUCCCCGACACCAAUGUUUUGGUACUUCCUCGAGCGGAUUGUGGAUGGCAAAGAAUCGACAGCGGCUUGAUUGGCAAGGUGGACUGGGUCCUGAUUUACAAUUACAAUGGCUCUGAUUGGGAGAUCCCUGAUCGUGUUCGAUAUGAUGCUGAGCGGCAAGCCAAAGGGUAUAGCUUGAUCACCUACGAAGACGGAGACUGGCUUGUCAGCCAGCACGAGAGGAACUACACCGUGACUUUUGAGUUUGUCAAUGAUAACAAACCUGCUGCAAUUGACCGUCCAUCUUUCGCAGGUGGAAGAAUCGACCAGUUCACAUCUUGGGGUCCGACUCUAGAUGCGCGAAUGGUACCACAGAUUUCUGCGCCUGGUGGCUCGAUCUUCUCUACCUUCCCGAUCGGCUCAGGCAGUUGGGCGACACUUUCGGGAACCAGCAUGGCCACUCCUUACAUCUCCGGUGUUGCUGCCUUGUUCUUCUCAUCCCGCGGCGGACGAGCCGCCCUCGGAGGUGGUGGUGCUAAGCUGGCUCACGAAGUGAUUGUUGCCAGCGGCAAACCCAUUCGUCAUUACGAUGGCACUGAUAACCUCGCAUCCGUGAUUCAUCAGGGAGCAGGUCUGGUAGAUGCAUUCAAAGUCGUGGGCUACUCGACCCUCGUCAGCCCAGCAGUCCUCAACCUCAACGAUACGGAGCAUUUCCAGGGUACUCAAAGUGUACAAAUCACCAACUCUGGUGAUGAGUCAGUGACGUAUCAGUUCUCCCACGAAGCUGGCAUCACUGCCCUCACUAAGAGCGCCGGGACUGCGUGGGUAUCUGUCUCUCCUCCCUACGUCUCCGGGGAUGGGAACACCGCCACGGUCGAAUUUUCGCCCGCUGAGCUGACCUUGGGACCCGGUGAAAGCGUCUCUGUCUCUAUUACUUUCACUGAGCCGUCCGCGCCUGAUGCUAUCACCCUUCCAGUGUAUGGUGGGUCAAUUGUAGUGGCUGGCUCACAGGGAGAAGCGGUCCGGGUGUCCUACAUGGGGAUCAAGGGCUCUCUAUAUGAUAGUGAUAUUUGGGAGAUGGAGCGAGGCGUUCCCCUUCUACUCAGCGGAUAUGGCGGCCUCAUUGAGGAGGGCCACAACUACACAUUCGAGGAUGGCGGCGAUGUUCCGCAGCCGUACUUUAAUGUCCUUUGGUCAACUCAAGAAAUCAGCUUCGAUUAUGUCGCGCGCGACUGGAAUGAGACAGACUGGGCCUACCCAGUAGUUCCCGGGCAGGCCAAAUAUCUUGGUUCCUUCAUCACAGUCCCUCAAGGUCUGUCGGAUUCGAUCACUUCGUUUCCUCUGAGGAACUACCCACGAAACAGCGGCGGUGUCUAUGCCACUCCGCAGAAUGUUUUCGCGCAUGGGGGUGAUAUCCCGGCUGGCGAGUACCGCAUUCUCUGCCGUGCCCUACGCACUUUCGGCGAUCCCAGCAACUUGGACGACUGGCAGUACAAGGUCUCACCAUGGUUCCGCAUCACCAGGGAAAAGCCUCCUGUCACUGCGACUCCCACAACGGCGGAAGCUACUGCGGCUCCAACGACAUCUUCCGUCAGUUUGCCAGAACCAUGCGCCGCAACUUCGACGCCUGUCAGCAUCGAAGCAACCCUUGCUUCCGGCGAAGGUCCUUACAACUUAUAUCUCUACGCCGACUUUGCUUCAAUCGAUCUGGCCGGAACGCAAACUCCAUUAAACUUCUCUACCACCAACGGUACUCAAGUUCAGACCUGGUUUAACUCGUCUUGGAGAUUCCUAUCCGUGCACACCAACACUAACAGCUUGAUUUACGUAUACGCGUCGGGCCGUGUGACUGGGGCCUUCUCGUUCCUUGGGUGCACCGUCACAGAUGGUGUUUUGGAGUGUGAAUCGAAUGGCAAGUCCGCGCUUUACGUUUGCGACAGCACCAUUGGUCUCCUACGUCACGGAACCCAGCCUCUUGACGGAUGCCAAACUGUCACUCUGAAAGUUGGGCCGAGAGAGAACCCGAAUUGCGCAGCUACGACGACGUCUGUGACUGUCACGGAAAUAACAGCGGCGCCGACUACUUUGUCAACUGCAGUAAUCUCGGUUUCAUCUUUUUGA